AUGGUUUCGCACGGUCGCGCCGAAGCUGCCGGUGCCAGAGCGCCGAGAUCCGCCGCCGCUCCCGGCAACAGCAAGAAGCUGACGUGCCUCUGCUCGCCGACGAACCAUCCGGGGUCCUUCCGCUGCAGCCGCCACCGGAACGGCCCGCGCGGGUCGGCGGCGCCCAUCGGCGGCGAGGCGGGUCCAAGUCCAAGGGUCCGGGCGGCGAUGGGUGGGCGGUCCGUGCGCGCGCUGCUGCUGCAGAGGAUCAGCUGCCCGUCCGACCGCGACCGGCAGCGCCAGCGCCGGCGGAGCGGGGACUUCCAGCCGCGCCCCUCCCGGCUGCGCCUCAUGAACAUGUGA